AUGGAUUCUAACGCGUCAGGGAUCCAGGAGCCCUUCGAUCUCAUCCGCCUCUCCCUCAGUGAACGCGUUUUCGUCAAAUUAAGAGGCGACCGUGAAGUUGUGGGCAUAUUACACGCAUACGAUGGCCACAUGAACCUGAUUUUGAGCGAUGUGGAAGAAACAAUCAUGAUCGUUGACCCGAUUGAAGGUUCCCCGAAUAGCGAAGGCACAGUCAAGGUGGCCAAGCGAAAAAUGAAUAUGCUCUUUGUGCGAGGGGACGGUGUCAUCCUGGUUUCACCUCCUUCUCGCACCUGA